AUGCUGCGCCUCGAGUGUCCGAUCCACGACUCACUAGGAGACCACUUAGAAGGUACUAGAUCAGAAACCGGUAUAGAGGGCAUUCCCGGCCUCGAGAUCAUGUACCAGUGGCGUGUGAACCAACUACCAGACCACUUUGUCAGCAUAGAUCCACUUUUCAAAUUUUCACCGGAUCACCGGGUACUGAGUGUCGUUCGACCGGUCGAGGUGGCGGACUCUGGGACCUAUGAGUGUUCAGGUGUGACUGGAUUCGGCAGAAGAUCAGCCAAAUUCGAUGUCCAAAUCACAGCUGUCGAUUGGCUUUACUGGAACAUUCAUGCUGACGCUGUUUCUGAGGCAAUCUUCUUCGAUGCUGGUGAAAAGGUGCUAAACUUUCGUUUAUCAUAUGACGGAUGUAGUGUAUAUAUACCACUCUUCAGGGAUUAG